GCACCUGAAAUCAUUAAAGGUCAAAAAUACAACCAAGCCGUCGACUGGUGGUCCUUCGGAGUGUUGGUCUACGAGAUGCUCGUGGGCCAGUCACCGUUUAGCGGGUGCGACGAGGACGAGCUGUUCUGGUCGAUCUGCAACGAAAUUCCAUGGUUUCCGCACUAUCUCUCGAAGGAAGCGCUGCGGUUACUGCAGUCGCUCCUGGAGAAGGAUGCCUCGAUCCGGCUCGGCGUGCUGAACACGAUGGACGAGGAGAGUGACAUCAAGUACCACCCGUUUUUUAAUAGUAUUACCUGGGACAAGCUGGAGAGAAGAUCCGUGGAGCCACCGUUCAAGCCGCAGGUGCGGCAUCCACUCGAUACUCAGUAUUUCGACAAGCAGUUCACCCGUGAGCGCGCGCGACUGACGCCCAUCGACCGGAACAUACUGGCCUCGAUGGAUCAGGCCCAGUUCGAGGGCUUCACCUACACCAACCCUAACAAUACGCUGACGAAGUUGCGCGAGAAGCAGAAGAAGAAGACAAAGAAAAUGUAUUUCUGUCCACAGUGUGGUGAUAUUAAGGUCACCUAUAACAUGUUUUGAAGAAGUACCACACGGCGCGGAGUGGAAUACGUAGAGACAGGAAGUAGUAGAAAUGGAGUAGAACGUGGCUAGGAGAUUCGUUCGGCCGGCGUUUAGCUGUCACCGGCACACGGGUGUUGACACAGACAGAUACAGAGAUACAGAGAGGUAGAGAGUGAGAGCGCACGGCAAGAAGGCAGCAGUUCCCGGUGGCCCGACAGCAUCCGGAGUGGUGGUGACGUGGCAGACGUUUAUUUGAGGGCCUGUUAGUAAGGAGAGGAGAAAUAGGCGGUGGACGACCCCCACAGGAGCCAACACAAUUCGUGGUUCAGCAUUUUCUGGCAGCAGCAGCAGCAGCAGCGGCAGCAGCAGUGCUUGUGGUUGCGCAUUGCGCAGGUUGCCCAGGCGUUUUGUACUUUCUUUCGGGGUGGUGGCCCUUCGCUCGAAUGGUCGCUCGCCACCCCAAUAAUAAGAUAUACACACACACACAUACACACAUAUACACACACACUAGAACGGACUGAUGAAGCCGUGUACUUUGAUUGCACUCACGAGCACGCUCAAGUUGCCCCUGCAAGAUGGCCGGACUUCUAAGCCGCACCAUACAACCAUUCUUCUGCGUUUCCGCGUUAACUGCUACUAUUCCUACUGCUACGUGGGCUCCAUUGGCCCGUUCCACCCCAGCCCCCCGCAAGGCCCCAGCCCUGACUCCACUGGAUUCCCCGAUUCCCCCUUUUUGCACGUACGCAAAUUGAACUGAACGGUUUUCGUCAGCUUUGGUUUAGAGAGUUCCCAACGCUUGAUCGCUACUUGAUCGAUCCCUAUGGUGCUAUGCGCUACAUUGUUCCCUUUGCCCAUGUCUAUAUCUAUGAGUGUGUCCUUGUAUAUGUAUACGUUUACAUACACACGCACACACACACACACAUACAUAAAUAUAUAUGUACAAGUAUACAUGAACAAGAAAAUAUCGAACACACAAUUAAUAGUGGCCUUUGCUCAUCGGCGGAAGCUUUCCUGCUGGUGUGACCUAGCGAUUAGAACCUAGAGCAAAAGUAGUUGAAUUAGAAACAAAACACAACAAAACAAAAAAAAAACAAACACGAAGGUUGCAUACCUUCGAGUUACCCUCCCUAACGGAUAACUCGCUCAGGCGGAGUGGCCGCCCAAUUCUGCGCGCGCGUGUAACGCGUUUUGUGACAAAUUUUGUGAAGUUGGCGAUGAAGUAACGCCGCGCGAUCGCUGCAAUGGUGCCAAGCCAUGUAAAACAAUGCCAGGAAACUGAAUCGCAGCUCUUAAGACCUUACACGUAGCCUUUUUUUGUGCACUACCCACACCUGAUCAGCAAACACAGGCCGAGUUUCAGCCGAAAUAAAAAGAGUGAUCUGGGUUUUCGAUGGGGUCGCGGUGGCGUGCUACGCGAUUAGAAGGCGCUGUUUCACUGGACGGUUCAAUAUUGCAUACAUUUGUAAACGCCCGCUAUUAUUAUAACAAAAUAAAAAACA